AGAGGAGGAGACGAGGAGUCAAACUUGAACUAAAGUGGACGAACUCUGAGAGGACGUGAGGGACGAUCAAUCAUAUUUAUCCUACAGACGUCGUCGUCAUGGAGACGAGCUCCUGCACAUGCUCAGAAAUAUAUCAGAAAUAUUUAUUCUUAUAUUAAUCUGAUGAUGACGGAGCCCAGCCUCGUUAUGAAGCUGUCACCAUGGCAACAAGCUAACGAGGCGAUUCCUAUAGUUUCUAUCAUUCCUGAUGUGUGUGUGUGUGUGUGUGUGAGGGCCCACCUGCACUCAUUAGAGCUUCAUUCAUUAAGAACCAUCCAAGCACUGACUACUAUGGUUGUUGAUGUGUUUAACGUUGCCACGGUAACAGCUGCUCUGCCUGUACGAGGCUCCGCCCCCUCCUGUACCUGUACUGCAGUAUAUUUACGAGUAUAUUUAGAGUAUAAAUCUAUAUUUUAUGAAUGUAGUUCCUGUAGACUUUAGAUAGAGACAUUUUUAACUUGGCGGUGCUCAACCUGAGGGGCGGGGACCUUUCAGAGGUCGAACCGGGGUCCACUGUCACUGCGCUUACUUCCUUCGCUUACACACACGGAUGAGGAGAAACUGAACAAAAGACGUAAUAUUAUCAUCACAGGUGUCUUUAUUCAGAGAGAGAUCUGAACAUGAGUGACAGUGAAGCAUGGAUCUUUAACAUUAUCGGGGAUCAAUAACAUUAUCAGAUUUUUAUUUAUCAAAGUUACUCGUCGAUAAAAAAAAGGUCAUCAAUAAUCCAGUUAAGGGUUUUUUUUUUAACCCUUUCAAACUCAUCUCACUGUCAGGUUGACUUCACCGACCGCCCGUUACUGAAGGAAACCGUGUGACUGUUACCAUGGCAACAGGGUAACCGGGUGAAGUCCGGCUUCGUCACCUGGUUUCAUUCAGUAACCUCCUUCAUUGUUUAACCCUUUCUGCUCCUCUGAUGUAAACAACACGACUGCAGAAUGCUAAUAAAGUUAUUCAAACACUGGAAAAAAAA